GCAUACGAAAGGGAUGAUACCUUCUACUUCGAAACCAUAACUUUCCUGGUAGAGGGCUGCCUGUUCAAAGUACCCCGAGAACACUUCGCCAAGGGAUCCUCCGUUUUUGAAGGAAUGUUCGCUCUGCCUGUCGUAGGCCCCUCAAGUAUCGACGGAGAGAGCGAUGAUCGACCACUACCCUUGCCAGGCGUCUCGAAACAUGAUUUCAGGCAACUGCUUCGAGUGAUGUUUCCGAGACCCUCCGCGUCCGGACCACCUCAGCUGUCUUGCGACGAAUGGGUGUCCGUGCUCAAACUGUCCACGAUGUGGCAAUUCGCCGAAAUACGAGCGCGCGCUGUCCGUGAGCUAUCGGCGAUUGCGAUCGACGCCGUACGAAAAGUCGUUCUGGCAAAAAAAUUCAGCGUCGACCAGUGGCUCCUUCCUGCCCUGAACGAGAUCGCGAGGAGGGCGAAGCCUAUUGAUGUUGAGGACAUUGAGAAGCUAGGGCUUGAGUACGCCCUGAAGCUCGCGGAAGUGCGGGAAAGUUUC